ACGGCAAAGAGUGUGAAAGCUAAAAGCUUUCGGCUCUGCCAUUUCAUAUAAUUUUCUUUUAUUACAGUUUUGACCCUUUUCCCUUCAAACUGUAACCACCUAAUCUUUCACAUGUAAGCAUAGCUUACAGUGGCUUAUUAUCAUCUUCUUGUUUUUGAUGAUGAUGAAAAUGCAGAGUGUUUUUGUGUAGUUGGAAAUCAACCAAGCUCUGUAAGCUUUGCUGAGUAAUCCUCAACUACCAUUCUGUCUCUCUCCUUUGGCUUUUGUUCACUCUGUAGAACAGAAGUUGAAAGCUCAUCUUUUUCUAAUUUCUCUUUCAAGAAUAGAGCAGACACAGAGCAGGAAAUGUGGAAGCUUUGUUUACAGAACAAACUUCUCUUACAAUCCCACUAAUCAUAACUUUACAUUUAAUCAUUUUCUUCUCUCUUUUUCUUGAUUGGAAGAGGUACCAAGUUGAUUAGAGAGACUGUGUGUGUGUAUAAUGGCUACCUUCACUAGUAUUCUCCUUCUUGUCUCCUUCAUUUACACCUUGGCGGCCACCACCACCUCCUCCUCUCUUCACCGUCAUCUCCUUCAUCAACCCUUUUUGCCUCCUGCUUCCACUGUCCCUCCAAGCCAACCUCCUUCUCUUUCUCCCCAACCUCUUCUGCCUCAUUCUAAACCAAAAUAUCCUUUCUCCACCACUCCCAACAUCCCACAAAAUCCUUUCUUUCCUUCCUUUCCCUCACCUCCUCCUCCUUCCGUUUCUACUCCAACCACUUUUCCGGCCAACAUUUCCUCCCUCUUCUUUCCUCAUCCACCUUCCCCCACCUCCCACCGCCACCUUAUCAUCGCCAUCUCUAUUUCCCUCUCUCUCCUCCUUGUUGCCAUCCUUGCAGCUCUUUUUGCUUUCUUUCUCUAUUCCCGUCGCCAGCACCACCACUACGCCACCACUUCCGAUAAAACUUUACGAUCCGACAGCCUUCGUCUUUUCCCACCAAACAGUAUCCCUUCCGACGGCUCUCCUAAGCCCCCCAAACUUCUACGUCGGCCAGAAGUUCCCAACACCAGCUCAGAGUUCUUGUACCUUGGUACCUUAGUAAACUCACGAAGUGGAAUCGAUGAUCAUCAGAAUGUUGCGAAUUCGAGCAAUGCUGGAAUCAAGAUUGGCUUAUCAUCCUCUCCUUAUCAAAAACUUGAUUCUCCAGAGCUCAACCCACUUCCUCCAUUACCCAGACAUAGCUAUACGCCGACUUAUAGAAGCGGAGAAGUUCCGUUUCGGCCAUGCAAGGAUGAUGAAGCUGUUACAGAUACAGAAGAAGAGUUGUUCUUUUCGCCGAGAGGAUCAUCUGGGGGAAAAGAGACGAUUCAAGAGAGUCCAGUACGUGUAGGAUCGAGUUCUAGACGAGAGCUUCAAGGAAGGAAUUUUGGGUCUAGAAGUUUUAAUUCCAGAACUGCUUCAUAUCCAUAUUCAAAUUCUUGUUCUCCAACAAAUUCUAUCCCCAAUAGUUCCUCUCCAUUGUCGAAUUUGAGUCCUAUAAGCACAAAAUCUAAAUCACCGGAGACUAUUAUCAGCUUCCCUGCUCCAAUUCAGUCGAUAAAGCGAUCAACAUUAUCCAGUUCUUUGUCUUCUUCACCAACCUUUUCAGGGAGAGAUUCAGGGAAUACCCAGAACUCUCCGGAGCGAAAUUCAGUUUCUUUUGGCCAGAAUAACCUUUCCCCGACGAGAAUCGAGAGUACCUCUCAGCAAUUUGCACCCACAAAACUGACGCCUCCUCCUCCACCGCCUCCUCCUUCACGGUUUUGGGAGAUUCCUGUGGGGGUGAGACCGGCUCAGGGUGUGAGCUCAGGGGGUUCUGGGCCUCCGGUGCUUGUUACUGCUUCAAGGCCCGUUUUUGUUGAGAGUGCAAUGCCAAUUUUAGCUAAUGAGCAAUUAAGCGUAGAGAGGAGUGAGGAGACCAUGAAGCCCAAGUUGAAGCCUUUACAUUGGGACAAAGUUAGAGCGAGCUCUGAUAGAGCUAUGGUGUGGGAUCAGAUCAGUUCCAGUUCUUUUCAAUUGAAUGAGGAAAUGAUUGAGACACUGUUUACUGUGAAUAAUUCAAAUUUGAAUGUGAAAGACAAUAAUGCUCGGCGACAGUCUCUGCCAUUACAGAACCAGGAGAAUCGUGUUCUUGAUCCCAAGAAGUCUCAGAACAUUGCAAUAUUGUUGAGGGCGUUAAAUGUGACCUCUGCCGAAGUAUGCGAGGCCCUUUUGGAAGGAAACUCGGAUACAUUAGGAACAGAGCUUCUGGAGAGUUUAUUAAAGAUGGCACCAACUAAAGAAGAAGAGCGCAAACUAAAGGAGUUCAAGGAUGAGUCACCAUUUAAGCUUGGUCCUGCAGAGAAAUUUCUCAAAGCGGUGCUCGAUAUUCCUUUUGCAUUUAAGAGGAUUGAUGCUAUGCUUUAUAUUGCUAAUUUUGAUUCAGAAGUUGAAUACCUCAAAAGAUCCUUUGAAACUUUGGAGGCAGCUUGCGAAGAAUUGAGAAACAGCAAAAUGUUCUUGAAGCUUUUAGAAGCAGUACUGAAAACUGGGAACCGCAUGAAUGUUGGCACUAAUCGUGGCGAUGCUCAUGCUUUCAAGCUUGACACACUCCUUAAGCUGGUUGAUGUUAAGGGGACAGAUGGAAAGACUACUCUCUUGCAUUUUGUUGUACAGGAAAUCAUCAGAUCUGAAGGUUCCCGUGUUUCUGGUAUAAAUCAUAAUCAAAUGGCAGAGAAAACUCAACAAUCCACAUUCCAGGAUGAUGUUCAAUUUCAGAAGCUUGGCCUGCGAGUUGUUUCGGGUUUGAGCGGAGAGCUCACCAACGUGAAGAAAGCUGCAGCAAUGGAUUCAGAUGUGCUUAGCAAUGAAGUUGCAAAACUGAGCAUCGGAAUUACAAAAGUCGGCGAAGUUCUUAAACUAAAUGAGGAUAUUUCAUUGAAGGAGAGUACCAGGAAGUUCCCGGAAUCAAUGACCAGAUUCCUGAAGAAGGCAGAGGAAGAAAUUGUCAGGGUUCAAGCACAAGAGAAACUUGCUCUCUCACUGGUGAAGGAAAUAACCGAGUAUUUCCAUGGGAACUCGUCUAAAGAAGAAGCUCAUCCAUUCCGGAUAUUUAUGGUGGUAAGGGAUUUUCUUUCCAUUCUUGAUCAUGUAUGCAAAGAAGUUGGAAAGAUCAAUGAGAGAACUAUAUGCAGUUCAGUCCGGCCAAUGCCGGGAAACUCAAACCUUCCGCCAGUUUUUCCAGGAUUCACUGGAAGACAACAUUAUGGUACACUGGAUGAUGAAACUUUAUCCUUGUCCCAAUAUUGAUCUCCAUCAUGAGAGAGACUGCAAUUCUGCUGAAUCCCUCACUGAGAUGCCUGUCAGACAAUCAGUGGCACAUUCAAAAGAGGAUCUGAGUUAGAGCUUUCUUGAUAUGGAGUCUUUGGGUUAAUGGAUUGGCCUUUUUUCUACAAGAUCUUGGUUCUGUUUAUUUUGUGUAAUAUACCAAAAAAAUUACGUCAGGAUGUAAUAAAGUACUAAUGCUAGAAUAGCUGAAUCUUUCUUUGUAAAUUUGUUGGAAGCUGAAUUGGAAGUCUUAUUGUUCCUCUGAUGUAAAUCGUUUAGAAGCUGAAUUGAAGUCAUUUUGUUAAUGUCAUUACUGCAAACUUGAAAUCAA